ACACAUUACACGCGCACCACCACCACCACCACCGCACCAGCUCCGUGCCACCAGCCAUUGCUGGGGCGGUAUAAAGGGCGGGGAGCAGAGGACGGCCCACGGCGCGUCCGCUCAGCAUGGGGUGGCUCCGCUCCCUCGUCUCCCCGCUCAGGAAGCUCUGGUGCAACAUCAACACCGUGCCAAGGAAGAAGAGAGGGAUCUACAUCCUGUACGACGACGUCAAGUCGUGCCAGUGCGAGGACGUGCACGUGCUCUGGUCCAUCCUCGUCGAGUCCCACGGCCUGCCGCCGCCCACGCCGCCGGUGCUCCGGCUCACGCGGUGACCGGAACGCGUCGGACGGCGGCUGGCUGGCAUCGGCGCGGCGCUCCCCCGGAAUAAGGAACGGCCGGCGCGGUGUCGCCGUGGCUCCAUGGGAGGUGAACCAGUAACAGUAUAGUAGUAGUAGCAUAUGAUGAUUCUGAUGUAAAGAGCACAUAGGAGUUGUUGUUUACAGUUCAUCUGGCCUUCGUCCAGCGCCUCUUUUGGAGCUGCUGCUGGGACGAGAGAGCGAGGCUGCUGCUGCGUUUGCGGCUUCUUGACGAGUGUGGUGAUGGGCUUCUUCGAGCGCACCCCUCUUUUGAGUUUUGAUUGAUUCAGGCGUCGUUUUCUGUCGAGAGUCGAGACUGCACUUGGAUGCAGCUCUUUAAUUCAUCCCCAUUACCAGGGACAAAAAAGAAAGGAAUCUUCAGCAAUUA